AUGCUCAACGGGGCCGUGGGCGUGCGCGAACAGACACGGCCAUACACUUUAUUUCGUUACUGGAAACAGCAUCCGGCCGCGGCCCCGGGGCCCGCGUGCCCGCAGUCUCGGACCGCAAGUGCCCCGUGCCGCGCGCGGCAGUUCGCAACGCAGCGCUUCUUACUCACAGUUCUUGGAAAGGCAACGGCUGGAUUUGGCAAGGUUGACACGCUUGUUGACGGCUGGUAUGGGGAUAAGCUGCUGCGUGAGCGGUACCAGGACAUUUUACGCCGGGAGCGGCAAGCUCGAAAGCUGGGAGAGCAGGUGGACGAAGAAAAACAGCACGCUCAGCAGCUGUCUGACGCCAUCAUCAUGCGUCGGAAUCAGACGGCUGCCCCAGAGCUAGGGAUUGGCAGUAUGGCCCUAUUGGUAGACGAGCCAAAACGCCGCCCAGGCCUUACCACUACAUGCGACGAGCAGGUAGCCCUCAGGUUGCAGCUUUUCCGGCUGAAGGCGCAGUGCAUUCUGUUCCAGGAUAAGUUUCCCAUGAGCAUGGAAUACCCGAUGGAGGGGUGGGGGGUCUACCCACAACGCCCCGACGGGAUGCCCAGGCCACUAGCCCCUUCGUUCCUGAAGAAGCGUGAGGGGCUUAUUGCUAGAUUGCCGAUUUACAGCCUGCCUCGACUCGUGUUGUGA